UCGAAUAAAGUUGAUGUUCUUCUUCAGGUGCAAAUCGAAGCUCUAUCAGAUCUUUCAAUUUAUAUGUAUGGUGUCAUCUCGUUUUCCGAUUAAUUUUCUGUGUAAUGUUUAUGGCGUCCACCGAGCAAUUGAUGGGGGGCGGCGGCGGGGGGCCGAAGUACGUGCAGAUGCAGACGGAGGUGCAGGCGCAAUCAGAGUUGUUGUCGUCGAUGACACCGUCCUCGGCUCAUCAGAGGAAUUCCUCCGCCUUCGAGCCUGCUCGGAUUUUUGAUGAGUUGCCCAACGCUGUAAUAAUCCAAGUUUCGCGCCCUGAUGCCGGCGAUAUUAGCCCCAUGCAACUGACUUACACGAUUCAAUGCCGGUAUAAAGAGUUCAAGUGGCAACUUGUGAAGAAAGCUUCACAAGUUUUUUAUUUACACUUUGCUUUGAAGAGGCGAAAAUUCAUUGAGGAGAUACAUGAGAAACAGGAGCAGGUUAGAGAAUGGCUUCAAAAUUUAGGAAUAGUGGACCACACGACAGUUUUACAGGAUGAAGAAGAACCUGAUGAUGAAGCAGUUUUUCCGCGCAAUGAUGAGAGUUCUAAAAACAGAGACGUUCCAUCUAGUGCUGCAUUUUCGCUCAUACGGCCAGCGCUUGGAAGACAGUAUUCAAUGUCUGACCGAGCAAAGGGAGCUAUGCAAGGAUACUUGAAGCAGUUUCUCACCAAUAUAGACAUUGUAAAUUCCGAAGAGGUUUGCAGGUUUCUGGAAGUUUCAACUUUAUCCUUUUUACCAGAGUAUGGUCCUAAGCUAAAGGAAGAUUAUGUUAUGGUGAACCAUUUACCAACGAUUCUCAACGAUGCUGAUGAUAGAAAAUGUUGCUCAUGUCAAUGGUUCAGCUGUUGUAGAGAUAACUGGCAAAAGGUUUGGGCUGUAUUGAAACCUGGAUUUUUGGCCAUUCUUAAAGACCCUUUUGAUCCAAAGCCUUUAGAUAUAAUUGUAUUUGAUGUUCUUCCAGCCUCCGACAGAAAUGGAGAUGGCCAAGUACCCUUGGCUAAAGAAGUGAGUGAUCACAAUCCUUUGCGGCAUUAUUUCAGGGUGACUUCUGGUACUCGUAGUGUAAUGCUCAGAGCCAAAAGUGAUGAAAAAGCAAAAAAUUGGGUUGCUGCAAUCAAUGAUGCUGGUCUUCGACCACCUGAAGGUUGGUGUCAUUCUCAUCGAUUUGGCUCUUUUGCUCCUCCCCGAGGUUUAACUGAAGAUGGUAGUGAGGCUCAAUGGUUUGUGGAUGGUUGUGCUGCAUUUGAAGCUAUUGCUUUGGCCAUUGAGGAAGCCAAGUCAGAGAUAUUUAUAUGUGGGUGGUGGGUAUGCCCAGAACUAUACAUGCAGCGUCCAUUUCAGGAACAUAAAUCCUUUCGUCUUGAUUAUUUGCUGGAAUCUAAAGCCAAGCAAGGUGUUCAGGUAUAUGUUCUUCUGUACAAAGAGGUUGCCCUAGCUCUCAAAAUUAAUAGUGUCUAUAGCAAAAGAAGGCUUCUAGGCAUCCAUGAAAAUAUCAGAGUGCUUCGCUAUCCUGACCACUUUUCUACAGGCGUCUAUCUAUGGUCUCACCACGAAAAAAUUGUUAUUGUGGAUCAUCAAAUAUGUUUUAUUGGAGGGCUCGAUCUGUGCUUUGGUCGUUAUGAUUCUCCUGAGCACAAAGUGGGUGAUCAUCCAUCUCGAAUAUGGCCAGGCAAGGAUUAUUACAAUCCGAGGGAAUCAGAACCCAAUUCAUGGGAGGACACAAUGAAGGAUGAGUUAGAUCGACUGAAAUAUCCUCGCAUGCCUUGGCAUGAUGUUCAUUGUGCCCUUUGGGGGGCCCCUUGCCGUGAUGUGGCUCGGCAUUUUGUGCAGAGAUGGAACUAUGCAAAGAGAAGUAAGGCUCCAAACGAACAUACAAUUCCGCUGCUAUUGCCUCAGCAUCACAUGGUUAUUCCUCAUUAUUUGGGAAAAAGCAGAGAGAUAGAAAUUUCUGGUAACAAUGAUUAUAGCAAUCAUAAUGACAUUACAAGAAGUGGCUCUCUGCACUGUUCCUCAUCAUUCCAAGACGUCCCUUUGCUGAUGCCUCAAGAUGCCGAUUGUCCUGAUUCAGCAAAGAUAGUCCCAAAAGUAAAUGUAUCAAGCCCAUUGCAUGAUCUUCAGGAUCAAUCAGGACGAUCUAGCAAGAGUUCUUUCUUUUUCAAUAAAAGCAAAAAUGACCCAUUGAUCCAAGAUAUGCCCAUGAGGGAUUUUGGGGAUGAUCCUGACACCUUGGAUUCUUCUAGUGAGUUUUCUUCCCAUGUGAUGCAUCCUGAUUUCGAAGUUCCCGAAAAGGAAUGGAUGGAAACACAGGAGCAAGGUGCUGAAGUUGUUUCUUCUGAUGAAGUUGGGCAAGUUGGUCCUCGUGUUUCUUGUCACUGUCAGAUUAUACGGAGUGUUAGCCAGUGGUCAGCAGGCACAAGCCAGACUGAAGAAAGUAUUCACAAUGCAUAUUGUUCACUCAUCGAUAAAGCAGAGCAUUAUGUCUACAUUGAGAAUCAGUUCUUCAUCUCUGGUUUAUCAGGUGAUGAGAUGAUUCAGAAUCGUGUUUUAGAUGCAUUGUGUAGGCGUAUUAUGCGAGCACACAAUGAAAACAAGUGUUUCAGGGUUAUUAUUGUCAUACCUCUUCUACCAGGUUUCCAGGGAGGUGUCGAUGAUUCUGGUGCUGCAUCUGUGAGAGCCAUUAUGCACUGGCAAUAUCGGACAAUAAGCAGAGGACCUAAUUCAAUACUUCAUAAACUCCAAAACCUUGUUGGCCCCAGAAUGCAUGAUUAUAUAUCCUUUUAUGGUCUCAGAGCUUAUGGUCCACUUUUUGAUGGGGGCCCUGUUGCCACUAGUCAGGUGUAUGUUCAUAGCAAGAUCAUGAUUAUCGAUGACCGUACAACAUUGGUCGGCUCUGCUAAUGUUAAUGACAGAAGUUUGCUUGGAUCCAGAGAUUCUGAGAUUGGAGCAGUGAUUGAGGACAAAGAAUUUGUCGAUUCGGUGAUAGAUGGGAAGCCUUGGAAAGCUGGGAAAUUUGCGUUGAGUCUUCGACUUUCUCUGUGGUCUGAACACCUCGGCCUUCAUCCCAGAGAGGUCAAUCAAAUUGAAGACCCUGUGAUUGAUUCAACCUACAAGGAUUUGUGGAUGGCAACAGCAAAGACAAAUACCAUGAUCUAUCAAGAUGUCUUUGCCUGUAUUCCGAACGAUCUAAUACAUACACGGGCGUCGCUUCGACAAUGCAUGAGCUUGAGGAGGGAAAAGCUCAGCCACACAACUACCGAUUUAUGCAUAGCCCCAAACAAGCUGGAAACCUUCCAAAACGGAGAAGUCUCCGGCGCAGACCCUGCGGAAAGGUUAGAAUCCAUAAAUGGACAUCUUGUUUCGUUCCCUCUCGACUUCAUGUGCAAGGAAGAUUUACGACCCGUGUUCAAGGAAAGCGAAUACUAUGCAUCCUCUCAAGUCUUCCAUUGAUGAUUUCGAUCCAUCCGAACCGCCAUCGACAGAUGAAAUCAGUAGAGGUAAAAAUGGUUAAAUCUUGUUUCAUUUAUUUUUAAGGUUGUAGGCUGUGUAGUAAAUAAAAAUGAUCGAUAUAUUUGGUUCUUAUGUUUUUUUGAAGAUGCAAUAGGCAAAAAUAACAAAUAAACCUUGUAAUAGUAGUAGUAGUAUCUUAUCGAAUCUUUGGGACUUAGACAA